AUGUUGCUGAAAGAUAUUACUCAGCCAACACCCGUCACCCUCUGGUCUCUCCUACCUUGCGGCAUCGCCGCUCUUUGUGGAACAGUCACUCUUGUGCUCGGAGCUCUCUGUUGCAAUGGCAUCAUCAAGAACUGUGACAAAACAGGUUUCACAUCGAUUGCUUCGAGUACACACCCUCUCAGUGGCAAUGUUAUGGCGGCGCUAAACGGCGGCGGCGGUCAAGGCAGCAAGCCAUUUACCAGAACAACGGUCCGGAAUGAACUUGACAGCUAUCUGAAGAGCAAAGGCUCUAAGACCCCCAGUGAGAGUGAAUUCAACGGAAUGUACAACAACUUCUUGAGUCGUGCUUUCUGUAGCUUUGGGCCGGGGGAAGGAGGCAGUAGCUGCCAACCCGCAAGCGUUUCGUAUGAUGCUUUCAAUGAUUAUCUUCAUCGUCCAUAG